CCGCCUGCGCAAGGGCCGGGGGACGGAGAUCGCGGUGGGACCGGCCAGUUGAAGCACUUGGCGCAGGAUCUGAAAAUGGAGUGUGAUGUCCUGGACGCGCUGGAGGCUCUGGGAUACAAAGGCCCUCUUUUGGAUGAAGAUGCCCUUAGUAAAGCGACAGAAAGUGGUCUGGCUUCUCAAGACUUCUGUGAACUUUGUGUUUGGUUAAGUUCCCAGAUACAGCCAUUGUGUAAUCUAGAAGAAAGCAUCUCCUCAACAAAUGGUAGUGAAGAUGUUGAAAGUUUACAGCUCGAGUUGAGUGGCUUUUUAAAAGAAUUGGCUUGUCCAUAUUCUACGCUCGUAUCCGGAGAAAUUAAAGACAGAUUGAAAAAGAAAGAGGAUUGUCUUAAAGUUUUAUUAUUUCUAAGCACAGAACUGCAGGCUUUGCAGAUAAUGCAGUUCAAGCAACACAAAAGUUCUCAUUUGAUAAAAAAUAAUGAAAUCCACCAAGAAAUCCAAAAGAUCUGUGAAGUCUUGAAUAUACCGAAGUCAGCAUCCUCUUCAGAUGUUCACCCCCUGCCUGUAAUAUUAAGCAAUAUAGAAUCAAAGGUUAAGGAAAAUUUAUCAAAAUUUCCAAAUACUCAAGUGGGUAAACCCCUGCUGAAAGCGGCUUUAAAUCCAGAACAAAUGGAAAAACUGGAAAAAAUCAAUGACACUCUUCUCAGUGAAUAUGAAUGCCGGCGGCGUAUGUUAAUGAAGCGUUUAGAUGUCACUGUACAAUCUUUUGAAUGGUCUGAUAGAGCAAAGGUGAGAACAGAUGACAUUGCAAGGAUUUAUCAGCCCAAACGUUACGGACUGUCUCCUAAAUCAUCUAUCUCCAUAUCCCAUCUUUUAGCUGCUCGGGAAGACUUAUCAAAGAUCAUAAGAACAAGCAGUGGAAUUUCACGUGAAAAGACUGUGUGCGCAAUUAAUAAGGUCUUGAUGGGAAGGGUACCAGACCGUGGAGGCAGACCAAGUGAAAUUGAACCACCACCUCCCGAAAUGCCUCCAUGGCAAAAGAGGCAAGAUGGUGGUGGUCGAGGAGGAGGAAGGGGGGGCUGGGGAGGAGGAGGAGGUGGCAGGGGAGGAGGUAGGGGAGGUGGCGGUGGUGGUUGGGGAGGAGGGGGAGGGGGUUGGGGGGGAGGUGGAGGUGGUGGCAGGGGAGGUGGUGGCAGUGGUGGUGGCUGGAGGGGAGGAGGGGGUGGUGGUUUCCAAGGGAGGGGUGAUUACAGAGGGCGAGGUGGAUAUGGAGAAUCAUAUGGUGGAAGGGGAGGAGGAGGAGGAUACGGAAGGUACUAGCAGAAUCAGUCCGGACUGUUUCCUGUGCACAGAAUACCCAGAAUAAAUUAUGGCUGGCUAAGCAGCAUGAGAUCUCAACUACCUUGAUUUUCCUUAUUGAUGAAUUAUUGUCAUUCACGACACCGUUGAGCCCUUUCCACAUACACACAUCCAUUUAUCACACACGGUAAGCUCAUGUCAUUGGAAAUUAUGGUUCGGGGAGAAUUCCCAUGUUGAAAUUUGCUACAAAAGAAACACUAAUUGCCUUGGCAGUCUGAAUACUGAACCCACAGAUUAUGUGCUGUUUUUCUCUGCACAAGUGAUAUCCAUGUAGAAAAUAUGUCAUGUGUGAAAUGGCUCUACUCGUUUUGAUUAUGAAGAAUUGUUAAAUAGGCCAUUUUUAUUUUUUACACUGUUUAGGUGCAUCUGCAUUUUUAAUUUAAGAUUAUCAGAUGAGACAUAUGGAUAUUGUACCUGUUCAUACUACAGUGGUUGCAUCUUACAAAAAACAGUACAGAAAUCACAGUAUGCUAAAACUGGCUUUCAAACAAUUAUGGAGAAAGUGGUGUGUGCUUGUCAUUAGAAAUUGAACUCCUUUCCCAUGUAGUCAGCAUUUCUCAGUGGGGAAGAACCGGGGAGUGUGUUUCUAGUCUUAAUAAGCAGAAUAUCAGAUCAUCAUGAAUUCUAUUAAAAUUGCUCCUGAGAUCCUGUGCUAGUCAUUAGUUUAUGUAUGUAAUUCCACCAAAAAAAAAAAAAAAAACUAGAUACAGGCAUGUCCUAUUUAUUUGACAAGUUAGGGACCAGAGGACUGUCAAAACCAGAAAUUAUUAAAAUGAAACCCUGUUCUGGAGACUAAAUUCAAACUGCUUUGCUGUGUUUUAUGACAUGGGUUUGAAUGGGCAGCAGUAAAACACCUUUUGGCUCAUCUACCAUGCUAUCUAAACCACUGCUUCUUAAAACUGGGACCCAAUCCUAUAUGGGGGGCCCUUAGCUCAAUGUUGGAAUUGCAAAAAACUUUGCAACAGUAAAAGAUUUUUUGAAAGUUGCCUAGUGGCAGUUUUAGACAUUUACAUGAAUCUCUUGUGCAGUGUUUACAUCAGAAGAUGCUUCAGCUGUACUUCAUAAAAAGGGAAAUCAGCCUGUUUAGCAAGCUUUGCAAAUGCUGAUUUGCUAGCAGUAAAGAUAUGAUUUUCUAAGUAUUUAUAUGCCUACAUACCUAGGGUCAUGUAAACAUGGGCCAAAAUGGAUCCCAAGUGGAAAAGUAUAAGAAGCCCUGAUCUAAGUCAUCACAUUUUUAAGUCUGCUGUAUUUUAAAUUGGUUUCGAUUCUUUUUAAAUCAUUUGAAUUUUGCAUCAGUUUUAUUUUAAUUAAACUGUAUUUCAAAUUGGUUGUAUUUUAAGUUGGUGUUGUUGUAAUACUGUUGUGUUUUAAGUCAGUUAUAUGUAUGUCUCCUGGUUAUAAUUGAAAAGAGUCUAAAAAGCAGACUGUCAAAAAGCGAAUCAUCGAAAAAAGGAGAAUAUUUGUAUUGAGAAUACAGGAUUUUUUUUUUACUUUAAAUGGCUGAGAAAUGUCAACUCUACUCCCCCCCCCCCCUUAAGCUUAUAUUUACAAGGAUGAGUAAUGGUUGGUUUCCAGGUGUUUUCCCCCUGAAACUCCCAUCUAAAAGAGAUAAUGGUGAGGUCAUGGAAUUUGUAGUCCAGACUAGCUGCUCAGCCCAGAUUUGCAUCAUCAUGUCUUUCUUGAAGUUGGGGUUCCACAAGCCUGCUUGGUACAGAGAUUGUGACACCGUCCACUGCUAUAUGUAACAGAAAGCACUCAACUAGAGCACUGGCUAGAUGCAAGGACAAAUUGCAACAGUUGUGAGGUACAGCCAAAGCUGUGGAUUCUCUGACACACAAGUAUGCUUGAAGAGGUCAAAAGUGCAUUUGGCCACAUUUUUUUUGGCUUAGUCAUCAAGACUGAAAAUAUAAACCCUUGCUUUGCUAUAGAAGUCAAAACACUGUGACUUCUUAUGUCAUGCCCUAGCAUCAGUUACCUACUUCUAUCAGGCCUCAUUUUCUAUUAUUCCUCACCUGGGAAAUAUAUAUAUUUUUCUUCUGUCUCAUGGAGAGAUGCAUGUACGGACACUUUUUAGUCUAGAAUUUUAAAUGUUAGAGUGACUAGAGGUCUUUAGUUAGCCAUGUUUGGAAAUAUCUCCCUAGCCAGGUAGGAAAGCAGAAAGCUUAUAUUGGCUUUUAAAUUGUUAACUUUUACAAAAACAUUCUGGGCUUUUCCAAGAUUGGAAGAUACUUGAGACAAAGUUGAUCAUGGCCAAUUGGUAUUUUGUCAACCUCUUAAGAAUGCAAUAAAUUAAUCUAUUAAUUUUUGAGCAUUUCUAUAAAUUUUGUAUGGUUUUCAACUGAAUGCUGUGUUUUGUAACACUUGAGUUUUAUUUAAAUAGUUUGUGCUAUCAGUUCAGUUUUAUGUUGGAGCAUUUUCUUUUGAAUGUUUAUAUGAAUGGAGCAAUCUAGGAAAAACUGUUUUGAUGGAUGUGUGGAGAAUAUUAUCUGUUAAAAAGUAGGUUGUUUACAUUUGUGAGCACUGAAAUAAAGUAUGGAGAAGUUGUU